AUGGAUGGACACCGAUACAAUGUAAUGACAACAAAUAUUGGGGAGUCAAUCAACUCGAUCCUUCAAUUUGCAAGAAUGCUGCCAGUGGUGCAGUUGAUAGAUGAAAUCAUCAAUCUGCUUGUAAAAUGGUUCAGCAAACGUCGUGAAUUGGCUUUGAAAUGCACAUCAACAUUGUGCCCCGAAUUUGGCAACAAGAAGCUGAGAAAUAGGUUGGAAGAUGCUUCACGGAAGAAUGUUGUGAAACUCAAUCACAUAGAGUAUAAUGUUGUGGAUGGUGAUAUGGACAACCUCGUACAUUUUACGAACAACACUUGCAGUUGUAUGAAGUUUCAACAUGAGCAGCUCUCUUGCAAGUGCGUAGUUGCAGUUUGUCGCUUCUUGAAACUAAAUAUAUACUCCAAGCGUUCUCGGUAUUACACUAAAAAAACAUGGUUGGAUGCUUAUUUUGAAUUUAUCUACUUGGUACAACCUCAAGAGAUUUGGGUGAUUCCUGAAGAUGUCCAAAGUCAAGUUGUGCUACCUCCAAUUGCAAAGGUCAUGUCAGGACGACAGAAGAAUCAAAGGAUUUCCUCACAAGGAGAGAGCACCGUUAGAAGAAAGUGCUUAAGAAGAAGGUGCUCAAUGUGUGGUGACAUAGGCCACAAUAAAAGCACUUGUAAAGAGCAUGUUCCACUUGCCAAUGUAUCUUAG